GUUGGCUCUAUGCGUGACUUACCACCUGCCCCUCGCCGAGAACGAGACACCGAGAUAAACCGCUGAUGACUUCAGUAACACGUAGAGAGAGAGAGAGACGUACAGAUUUGCAACAUCGGAGGUAAUUUGUCAAAUGUUUUAUUCGUGUCGCGUCUCUGUAAUUUAAGCUGGUGUAUGCUAUAGUUCUUAACUUGUUUUACGUUUACACGUCACGAAAUGACGUAUUUCGCAAAGAAAAGACAACCGCUCGUCGAACGCUGGCGUGGAGAUGACGGGGGUGGAGAUGACGGGGGUGGGGAUGACGGUGGGGGGGAUGGCGGGGGNAAGUUUUGGCUUUGAUUGUACCUAUGCAUUGUGCACUGGCUAUAAAGUUUUGGCUUUGAUUGUACCUAUGCAUUGUGCACUGGCUAUAAAGUUUUGGCUUUGAUUGUACCUAUGCAUUGUGCACUGGCUAUAAAGUUUUGGCUUUGAUUGUACCUAUGCAUUGUGCACUGGCUAUAAAGUUUUGGCUUUGAUUGUACCUAUGCAUUGUGCACUGGCUAUAAAGUUUUGGCUUUGAUUGUACCUAUGCAUUGUGCACUGGCUAUAAAGUUUUGGCUUUGAUUGUACCUAUGCAUUGUGCACUGGCUAUAAAGUUUUGGCUUUGAUUGUACCUAUGCAUUGUGCACUGGCUAUAAAGUUUUGGCUUUGAUUGUACCUAUGCAUUGUGCACUGGCUAUAAAGUUUUGGCUUUGAUUGUACCUAUGCAUUGUGCACUGGCUAUAAAGUUUUGGCUUUGAUUGUACCUAUGCAUUGUGCACUGGCUAUAAAGUUUUGGCUUUGAUUGUACCUAUGCAUUGUGCACUGGCUAUAAAGUUUUGGCUUUGAUUGUACCUAUGCAUUGUGCACUGGCUAUAAAGUUUUGGCUUUGAUUGUACCUAUGCAUUGUGCACUGGCAAAAUGCAAUUCGAUUAUGUUAAUUCUUUUUCGACGAUGCGCGGAGCAAUGAGCAACAUUGUCUUCAAACGACUGCAUAAUCCAACCUAAACUCUGCCUUACGUACCAGAGAGCGCCGAAUGCCAUGUACUUUUUCCGAAAGUCAUUUACUUUCGCUGAAUUUCAUUUACUUUUGCAGAAUUUCAUUUACUUUUGGAGAAUUUCAUUUACUUUUGCAGAAUUUCAUUUACUUUUGCAUAAUUUCAUUUACUUUUGCAUAAUUUCAUUUAAUUUUGCAUAAUUUCAUUUACUUUUGCAUAAUUUCAUUUACUUUUGGAGAAUCUCAUUUACUUUUGUGUGUGGCAUAUAAGCAAUGUUAGCAAGUUAUGUUUAACAUUUUUUUUUUUUUGAAGUUAAGCCCUCGUUGACAAAGUUAAUAUCUAAAAUGGUUGUGUCCUUUCAUAUCAUGAACGUCGAACGAACAGCUCACUACAGCUGUCAUGGUCCAACCGUCAGUCAUAUUAUGUGUGGGACUGAGCAUGCUGCUUCUUCCAGGGGUGAGUAUCGUAAAAAAAAUGAAAUGGGUUGCGAUCUUUACCAGUAUUGACAGCUAAGACCUUCCACUGCGACGUAUGAAAUUUAAACAACUCGUGGAUCGUGUAGAAAAUGCGUGAUCAAAAGUACACAGCCGACUUUAACCGCAACGUCACACGCGUUAGAUGUGAAACUACCUUUAUUUUUUAAAAAAUGGUAUGUGAAACACUCUUAUGCGUUUGGACUGAUGAACAGCCACCCCCACCCCCCACUUUCACAAUCAUUGCACAGCUGAACACAAACGUAAAAACGUUGGACUAAAUUUAACUGUUUAGUUUUCAAAGUGAUUUUUAUGAUGUGAGCCAGCACUACUGUGUAUGACUGCAUGUCUUAAGAAGUUAUGCUUCGAAUAAUUUGAAUCUUUCAACAGAAUAUAGAUGUUAAAUAACUUGUGUUCAAACGAACAGUACCCGUCAACAAGGACACGUGUACAGAAAUUUAAAAAAAUAGUUAAAACAAAGAGUGUGAAAAAAGGGAUAGAAUCGCUUGUUCUGAAAAUGUUGUUCUGUUGCACAAAUUGUCUCUUAAAGUGUUAGCACCAGAGACUCAUUCGAAGGAAUUUAGUUAUUUGAAUACCACUGAUAUGAAAUAAAUAUUUACAUCUAACUAAAUAAUCUAACCAUAAUAAUAAUAAUAAUAAAGUUCAUUUCAAAAACACGCUUCAUCCCCAAAGGCUCGAAGCGCGGUACAAAGUCAACAAAAAACAAAUCUAUAAUUUACCACAUUUAAAACAAACGCAACACUACAAAAACUAACAUAGCGAUGCUCCUCAUCUCAUCAAGGUGAUGUGCGAAGAGUGUCCGAGCUGUGGGGACAAUGCCGAGUGUACAGAUGGCGUCUGCUCCUGUCCAGACGGACUAAUCGGGAAUCCCCGUGUGCACUGUUACACUAACUGGACGAAGAUUUGUACGUGAGUACACGAAUAGGUGCAGUGGAAAACACGAGUGAGUACACGAAUUGGUGUAGUGGAAAACACGAGUGAGUAGGUUUCAAUCUAUCCAUCAAACCAGUAAAUGGAGCUGUGUUGAAAAUGAAACAAAAAGCUUUUUAGCCUUCCACAAGGCAUGAUAUGGAUGAUAGAUCUGCAGCCAAAACUCUUGGUACAAGUUCUUAAGCAUUGGUUUCCUCAAUAAAAUAUUUGGAAAGCUGAAUUACACCAGUGUUCACUACAUUAGCAAUAACUACAUUAAAGACUCCCUACAUUCAACAUUCACUACAUUCAACAUUCACUACAUUAAAAAAACUCACUACAUUCAGCAUUCACCACAUUCUGCAUUCACUACAUUCAGCAAUUCACUACAUUCAGCAUUCAUUACUUUAAGCAUUCACUACAUUAAGCAUUCAUUACAUUCAGGAUUCAACACAUUCAGCAUUCACUACAUUCAGCAUUCAUUACUUUCAGCAUUCACUACAUUCAGCAUCCACUACAUUCAGCAUGAAUUACAUUCAGCAUCUACUACAUUCAGCAUUCACUACAGUCAGCAUUCACUGCAUUCAGCAUUCACUACAUUCAGCACCCACUACAUUCAGCAUUCAUUACAUUCAGCAUUCACUACAUUCAGCAUUCACCACAUUCAGCAUUCACUACAUUCAGCAUUCACUAUAUUCAGCACCCACUACAUUCAACAUUAACUCCAUGUAGCACCCACUAAACCCGCUUUUAAAUUUUAAGCCUUAGACCAUCGGAAAACACAUUUUUUUUAUUAAGUAGCACCGAAAAUAAUUUUAUGGUUGGUGGUCACAACAACACAUGAGGAACAUGGGUCGCGGCAUUAGGAAGGUUGAGAACCACUGGUCUAGAUCAACCUCUCAUCCAGACAUGUAUUUAUGUAGCAUGCGUAAAAAAUAUUUAACUUCAAGUGAUCUCAAAACACAACUCUUAAAACUCCAUCAAAUUACCGUUUCCAACCGAUGCUUUUGAUGAAAUAACGUGUCUCUUAACUUUACACUACGGCUAUCCCAGCGGCGCCCCCCCCCCAACCCAAAAACAAACUAAAAAAAAAAACGUAUAAAAUCGUAUCCGGAAAUUUGAUCGAAAAAAAUUUUAAUUUGAUCGAAAGAAAUUUCGUCGACGGUAAAUUGAUCGACGGUAAUUUGAUCGAACGGAAAUAUGGUCGAAUCUUUUUUUCCGUUUUUACGUUUAAAUUUUGCUUCAAAUGUCUUUUUGAACGCAUUAUUUUGUUUUACUAUAUAGUAUAGUGCGUUCAAAAAGAAAUUUGACGAAAAUUUUAACGUGUGAACUGAAAAAAAGAUUCGACCAAAUUUCCUGUCGAUCAAAUUACCGUCGAUCAAUUUACCGUCGACGAAAUUUCUUUCGAUCAAAUUUCCGGUAACCGUAUAGAAUUACCCCGGGUAAUUUCACCGCCCCUCCGGCGUGGUACAUACAAUCACAUUAAAGAAACGAAUUGUCUAGACUCUAGAAGAAGCUUACUGUCUUAACUACAAUGAUCUAAGAAGCUUACUGUCUUAACUACAAUGAUCUAAGAAGCUUACUGUCUUAACUACCAUGAUCUAAGAAGCUUACUGUCUUAACUACAAUGAUCUAAGAAGCUUACUGUCUUAACUACAAUGAUCUAAGAAGCUUACUGUCUUAACUACAAUGAUCUAAGAAGCUUACUGUCUUAACUACAAUGAUCUAGAAGAAGCUUACUGUCUUAACUACAAUGAUCUAAGAAGCUUACUGUCUUAACUACCAUGAUCUAGAAGAACCUUACUGUCUUAACUACAAUGAUCUAAGAAGCUUACUGUCUUAACUACAAUGAUCUAAGAAGCUUACUGUCUUAACUACAAUGAUCUAAGAAGCUUACUGUCUGAACUACAAGGAUCUAAGAAGCUUACUGUCUUAACUACAAUGAUCUAAGAAGCUUACUGUCUUAACUACAAUGAUCUAAGAAGCUUACUGUCUUAACUACAAUGGUCUAAGAAGCUUACUGUCUUAACUACCAUGAUCUAGAAGAACCUUACUGUCUUAACUACAAUGAUCUGAGAAGCUUACUGUCUUAACUACAAUGAUCUAAGAAGCUUACUGUCUGAACUACAAUGAUCUAGAAGAAGCUUACUGUCUUAACUACAAUGAUCUAAGAAGCUUACUGUCUUAACUACCAUGAUCUAGAAGAACCUUACUGUCUUAACUACUAUGAUCUAAGAAGCUUACUGUCUUAACUGCAAUGAUCUAAGAAGCUUACUGUCUUAACUACAAUGGUCUAAGAAGCUUACUGUCUUAACUACUAUGAUCUAAGAAGCUUACUGUCUUAACUGCAAUGGUCUAAGAAGCUUACUGUCUUAACUACAAUGAUCUAAGAAGCUUAUUGUCUUAACUACAAUGAUCUUGAAGACAAACUCAUGCCUACUGCUCCACAGACUGACCAGCGAUCCACUGAUGCUGACGUUUAGCGCGGAAAAGAUCCACGUGACCAUCGUUGGUGCUACACGAUUGGCUGACCUGACCGUGACGAGGCUGAUCAAGUCUCUUAGCCAAAAGUGCAAGCUGGUUGUGUGGGCGCUGACAGAGCGGAUAAGAGGGAAACUCUUCAUCGACGGCAUGAAGGUAAUUCAGACACAAACUUGUCAAGGAAAUCUGGCAAUAGCAUGAUGAAAGAGACACACAGCCCAGACCUAAGAUGUUCUGAUGUCUGAGAAUGGCGUCCGGAUGUUAGAUGAGAGUCAAACACACUGGUACUGGUAUAUGUUCAGCCAGGGGCGUCACCAGGGUUUGUGUCAUCUGUUGUGGUCCGCACCCCCUAGUGACGCCACUGUGUAAAGCCAAUGUCGUGUCAUCUAGGACAGGCCUGAGCAACUCAAAAUGUUAGGUGGGCCUUGAUGCAUUAUGAAGAACUUGUGCGGGACGAAAGGAAAUAGGACAGAAGGGGCAGCUAUUAAGAAAAUAAUAAAAAGUAAAGAAUAUUUCAUUACUUCGCGGGCCGCAUAGCUGGUGCUGGCGGGCCGUAUAUUGUGCAGGUCUGAUCUAGGAUACACAUACACACAGUGGUGUAGUCGGUUUUGGAAGCAGGGCAGCUGUAGCGUCUGUCAGUUCUAUUUUCUAUUUUUGGAAAGGUCUUGACUUUUUUUUUUAAAAUACGAAAAUAAAAAACCUGUCGCCACCACCGGUUUUACUUGGACACACCAAUUGUGCACGACACAGUUAAGCAAUUCAAUGAUGGACGUAAUCAUUUUAGAUUAAGUUUAUGACUUAAAAAAAAAAGUUAAACUGAAAAAUGCGUCCCCAAAGCCAGGUGAACAGCCAAGGUCCCACGUUCAGACUGUUCCAUUACCACAUUAGGACGUCGCAACUUUGUGUGUGUGUGUGGUUUUUUGUUUAGACUUAAAUGGUCCUAGAGAUAUUUGCUCAUAACUGCCUGAAUGAGAUCAAAUAUCAAUACAGUUUUCAAGGCUUUCUCUCUACUCACAUUUCCAUCUGGUGGAUCUUUUUUUUUAAAUUUUUUUUUUGACGCACCUGAUUCUUUGAGUAUUGAGUACAUCUCGUGCAGUGCUCACCUGGUGACGGGUGAAACAGAAAACUGGGUCUGUAUCGAAGGCAGUUUGACACUGUCGCUUAAAUGAUCGUGCUUGACCGCGUCUGCUUCGUUGAGUGAACGUGUGGGUGGGUGAGCUCAGAUCUACUGUUUUAGUUUUAUGCCUAGGACUAGGUCAAGAGUUGAUUCACUUGAAAUGGGAUUUUGUAUGCAUUCGAUGUUUAAAAAAAAUGUAAUAUUUCCACGUUUUUCGAUAAUUUGAAGAGUACAAAAUUUCAUACUUAAAACUGGAAAAAAAAAAAAAUAUUAAAAUGUUUUUUCUAUCUUAAGAAGACGUAAAAUCAAAGACAAAAUUUCAUACUUAAAACUGGAAAAAAAAAAAAAAAAAUAUUAAAAUGUUUUUUCUAUCUUAAGAAGACGUUAAAUCAAAGACGAGUUGAAAUGCAUAAUUAAAUAUUAGAAACUAAUGAAACAUUUCUUUUAAAAUGCAACACUCGAAGAAAGUCUGUCCGGAAAAUAUUUUCAAAAAUUAAUAAAAAAAUAAAACAUAUUUAAAUUUCUUCUACAUUGAAUUCGGAUCCCUUUGCUUGAUAGAUUGCUCAUGUACACUCUAGCACACUCUGCAUUUGAAGAGAUUUUAAAAUUAUUUUCUACUUUUUAGUGCGUUUUAUCUCGUCUGUGACAGAAAGCCGUGUUGUUAGAAAGAUUUGUUUGAAUAUUUUGUUUUUGUUACAAAUCUUCCCACAUUUUGAUGGAUACAGACACAAAGUUACAGACCGUGGGGUUCAGAAGGAGAUAAUGAACCUGUCUUAUCGUUGGAACGUCCCUUAAGGGUGAUACUUUCAGUGGGGUCUGAUGCUGGGUAUGUGGGGGGUGGGCCGGGGGCGGUACUUUUUAUAUUUAUAUUGGAGGCGGCAUUUUCGGCAUACGGCAGGGAGAUUUUCGUUAGAAGGGGGGGGGUGUAAAAUUCUCGGUCCAUUAACCCUAGCCACGCCACUGGGUGCAUGACUUCCCUUACACAACCACUCCUCCUUAUAUUACGCCUACGAAUUCAAAAAAUUUUUUUAUAUCUCUAAUUACUUCUUCAUAUGAUUCCAUUUAAAUAUUAUUUCCAUUAAAAAAGAUCAAAUUCACAAGAGUCGAGGACAGCGGGGAAAGCGCAGUCACUGAAUUGCUUGUCAAGUCUUCAGUUGAAGAUGGUAGGUGAACUGAAGGUGGAUGCUAGAUGGAUGGUAAGGGGAUGGUAGAAGGAUGGUAGGUGGAUGGUAGGUGGGUGGUAGAAGGAUGGUAUGUGGAUGGUUGAUGGAUGGUUGAAAGAUGGUAGGUGGAUGGUAUUAGAAUGGUAGCUGGAUGGUAGAAGGAGUGUAGGUGGAUUGUUGGCAGAUGAUCUGUGAUGGUAGUUGGAUGGUAGGAAACGGUAGGUAAAUGGUUGAUGAAUGAGUAGGAUGAUUGAUUUCACUGAAUGAUGGUAAGUGAAUAUUAGGUGCUUUGUAGGUGGAAUGAGUUGAAAUAUUGAAGGUAAAUUGAGAACAUUACGUGGCUACAUUUCAAACUUAAGGGGUGGCCAGGUAGGCGUGGCGAGGUAGGCGUGGCAAGGUAGGCGUGGCAAGGUAGGCGUGGCAAGGUAGGCGUGGCCCAAAGGCACUGAUAUUAUUUCAAUAUUUAGAACAUGUCUGUUUUUCGAUUUUUAAAGGCUGGAUAUGAAAGUAAAUAGCUGACUAGUUAGGAGCGCCAAAAUGGGCUUCGAUAUUAUUUUAUUGAUAAAAAUAAUGGGUUUGAGAGUUGAAAAAAAAGAAAGGGAGGCGCUUUAAAAUGAAUCUUGUCCCCGGGCGCCAAACACUCUGGUUAUGCCUCUGGGAGACAAACAAAAAAUCCUCCUCAAAUCAAGAUAAGCACACAGUUCUCUAACAUUCUUCUUUACUAGGACUGGUUCAUACGAAAGUUCACACAUUUAAUACUACUGAUGAAGAUGGUUAGGUCACCAAUAUUCCCAUUACAGGAAUAGCCAGUUGGGAUUUCAUCCAGCAGUUCACAAAUAUUCCCCAUUACAGCAUUAGUCAGUUGGGAUUUCAUCCAGCAGAUCACCAAUAUUCCCCAUUACAGGAAUAGUCAGUUGGGAUUUCAUCCAGCAGUUCACCAAUAUUCCCCAUUACAGGAAUAGUCAGUUGGGAUUUCACAAUACAGGAGACGAGCAAUGCGAAUUUCCAAAGCUGUUGUCGCUUUGACGAAGCUAUUGGCUCUGGAUCUUGCAGUGUUGAUUACGGUGUUGGCGCAAACAACUUCUACAUCUUCAACUUCAGCUGCUGCAACAUCUCAGUGGGCAUCAGGCCACCGAUUCCUGGCAGCAAUUCAACCCCAGGUAGGUCAGGUGUUAGUUAGUUCGUCCAUCGAAAAUCAAUCUAGACCAUUUUUUUCAAACCUUCGGAUUCGUGGAGAGGUCGAUUCUGUGUGUGGGUGCGCAGAUGGCUCUCUCUCUCUCUCUCUCUGUGGGUGCGCAGAUGACUGACAAGGCCGAUUCUCUCUGUGGGUGCGCAGAUGACUGACGAGGAUGAUUAUGACCCGGAAUGCUCUUGAGCUUGCAGGGAAGGGCUGGGACAUCUCAAGGUGCAAAGUUAACCAGGGCUUCAAUGUUUAGUCAGGUUCAGCGAUGUCAGAUCUUUACUCGAGGAGUCUGAUUACAAAAGCCUUUAUUAUUAUAAAGUCAUGUACGUUUGGUUAUUUCUUCAGCACGACCACUCAUUUCAUGUAUUUUCAUCGCUGAGUAAAUAUACCACAGCGGCUAUUACGAUGAGGACUCCACCAAAAAUUAUAGCCACUAAAAGACGAUCGGAGUGCAUCCUAAAAAAUUACAGUGCCCAGAAAUAUGCGCUCAAGACAACUGCGGACACCAAAAAUUCCGCACAAGGACAAUUGCGAACAUUGAAAAUUGCGGACAGACAUAAUUGCGCAAAAUAUCGACAUUUUAUUUGAAGCCACAUUUUUUAAGAUUUAAAAUUGUUCAGUUGCCUAUUAGCAUAAAAGUUAAGUUGGGAACACAAUAAAUAUUCAACCAAAUCUAUUGUAACGUAGAGUAUAAAUAGAUUGGUUCCUUAUUAUGUGAGCGAUGUAUUAUUGACACAUGUGUGAAUUCUUUCCAUGCUUCCUUGGUUUGUUCCUAUUUUUCCAGCUAGCUUUUUUUCCGUCUUUUCUAUCGUUCUUAUACCGUUCAGUAAUCUUAUAAAUUUGUGAAGAAUGUUCCGAGAAGAUCAUUUGGGAUCGCCUGUGAUGCGUGUUGUUAUUAUUAUUGUAUCCCUUCGCUCUUCAUCCCGCAGCGAUAUGGGUUGACGUACCCUCCCCCAAUGUCACCUACGAAGACUGGGAGCCAGGGCUCGAGCCCAUCUGCCUGAGCCACGACUCCUACGACAUCGACUCCGUGGUCAACGAAACGCAACUCGGUGAUCCCUGGGACGCCAUGAGUUACCUGUCCCUCACCAACAUCGGCGACCUCGAGUACGACGGGGUGCCCAACAACUUCACCCAGCUGGCGCAGGCCCUGAGGGGCUGCAACAAGCUUGCCACCCUGGCCUUCUACGAUGACGCCGUGUUCGCCCUCGACACGCCGCCUUUCAUCAACUGCAUUUCCACUUCAACGACAGAUCAGGACGGGCUGGUCGAGUUCCUGCUGCUCGUCCUGGACUGGUUCUGUGUUGGGGAUUCGAUCAGCUGCGCCGCAGCGAAAGGACUGGUCAGCACGAAAUGCCAGGGCGUGGCUAACCAAAAUCCCAGAGUCCAGGCCUUUUUAGGUCGGUCGUGUUCACGCAAUUUCGAUACAUAGUUGUACCUACAGUGGGCACUAACGUAGGGAACUAACCCAGGGCACUAAACAAGGGCACCGGGGUAUCGGGAGUAUAUUGAUAUGACAUAUUAUUAUUAUAAAAUGACUUAACACUUUCACCAUGACAUUGGACAUAAAUAACGAGUACAUUUUAACAACCACUUUAGAUGUUACUUAAAAAAAAAGGACAGCACGGAUUCUCAUAGCAGAGGGGCUUCAUCUAAUAUACAGAAAGGGGCUUCAUCUAAUAUACAGAAAGGGGCUUCAUCUAAUAUACAGUUGGCAGCGUUUUUUGCUAGACUUUCAUUUUGAAUAUCAAGAACAGAGAGGAUAAUGUGACCUUCUAUUCCCAGCAUUCAAAUUUGCCUUAAUUACACACUCAGUUGGUAAUCUCUACAAUUAGUAUUGUCAGUAAAGGGUUUAGUGUCCGCCCCCCCCCCCGGAAGUGACGCCACACUACUUUGGAUCCCUCUUCCUCCAACGCCAC